AUGUUCGCGACGUUAGAUCUCGACAUUAGACCUGGAUCUGGGAUUGGGAUGUUUGAGCUAGGUACUUCCCUUUGGGCAGUCAUCGACAUGUUGCGCGGACUUCAACAUCUAUUUCCUCAGGUCGAGGUCAAGUUUGAUCCAGACAACUCAGCAACGACACCCAUCAUUCUCCAUCUUCGUCCUCAUCUGGACCUAUUGUUUUCAGGAUACCACCAACGCCUCCAUACCAUCUGCGUAAGGAAACUCAGGGAGCCCCAUCCCCCGGCGGUGCUUCGCUACAAAGAUACAGUCAUAUCGUCAUCUGCAGAGCCUUUGGUUAGAGUACAUGUUAGCCGUACCUUCGGUCCAACAUACCCAGGAGAUGAGCUAAAGUACCCUGGCAUAUGGUUCAGCUUCGAUGACGACGGUGUCAAUGAAGGAUACAAAGGAGGCAUCACACAUCUAGAGCAAAGAACACAGGAAGUAAAGCGCAUAUUCGUCAGGCAAAAAAGUGUAGAUGGAGAGGAGCGCGAUGCUUUGGAAGAUCCAGUACCAUGUCCAAUCAUGCACGGUGACAUUUCCAGCGCUGUUAUCAAGAUACAUGACGGCGUGCACUUCAAAUUCUUCUCUUCUACCUUGCUUCUCCAGGUUCGUAUCGGAAAAACUACAGCGCAAGACCUGACAAUUGAUCUCGGACCUCCUUCUCGAGUUCAUCACAAGGAGGACGAACGAAUGACCAUUCACUCGCCCAACCAACAAGCAUCUGAAGAUGAUGGUAGCACGGACUAUUUCUAUAACUACUUCCAUCACGGCGUGGACUUCCUAAUCUCUGGCCAGACUCAUGUUGUGCGAAAGAUUAUCAUACAUUCGAAUAUGCCUGGCUCCCCACUUUUUCAGCGGUAUAAACGAUGUCCCUGGAAGUUAGAGGGAAAACCCGAAGACGACGAAGACGGUGAUUUACCUCACUUUCACUUUCAUAUUCGUUUCGAAGAUAUCAGUCACUUCCUCAGUCCCCGAGAGCCGCCCUCCAUGUUACUAGACCGCACAGAUGAAUAUGACAACAUCACACUGCCUAGCUCGACAACCCGCUUGUAUGGUUACGACGGUGUAAUUUUGGAGGUGAACGAAGCAUCACAAGUUGUGACCGUGAUGUUGUUUUAA